AUGGGUGACAACAAUUGGGAUCUAGGUGUGGUUGAAAGAAGCUAUAACAUUAGACCUAGUCAUGACACCAACAAGGUAGAAGUUCCCAGUUUAGGCUUAGAGUCUCUGACUUUCGGAAAUGACGAUGAUUGGAAUUUUUUCCAUAGUCUAUUAGAUGAUGACCGUGAUGACGAUAUCAUGACUUUCGAAAGUUUAGCUGAUGUAUUCUCUAGGGAUGAACAAAAACCUGAUGCGCCUCAUCAACUUUCUUUUAACAGUGUUCCUAUUGCUGAUGAGGUCAAGAAUGACCAAAAUGACCAACAACUGCUGUUACAACCCAUUCAAUUACCAGCUCAGCAAACCCAACCAAUUCCUCCUCCACCACCAGCAGUGGCAGCAGUAGCAGCAGCGUUUGUGCCAGCAGCAGCACCGCAGCAACUGAAUCCACGUCCAGUUCUGAAGCGAGCUAAAGUUCGUCCUACUAUCACUGUUCCCAUUAGAAAUCCUAUCAUCCAAAUUCGAAGAAGGAAAAAUCAGCCGGGAAAGACAGUCCAUGAAGUGAGUCAAGAGGAACUCAUUGAUUUUACAUGGGCAUGGCGUAAGUACGGUCAGAAGCCAAUCAAAGGGUCUCUAUUUCCGAGGAACUACUAUAGGUGUAGCACUUCAAAAGACUGCGACGCGAGGAAACACAUUGAGAAAAGCCCGAGGGAUCCAAACCUUUUUAUCGUUGCCUAUUCAGGUGAACACAACCAUCCUCCCCCGGCUAACCGCUGCACUCUCUCCGACAGCACCAAUUCCAAAAAGCUCCCAAAAGGCAUAAACAUUGUUCCUAGCCAAAAUACGCCACCUGUGUCCGAAAUCGAGAGCGCAAACCCAAACAAGAACGAAAUGGUUGUAGAGGAGAAGAAAGUAGACAAUGAAGAGGAGGAGGAGAAAGUUAUUCUGAUUCCUAAUAAUUUCAUGACUGAAGACAUUAUCAAAAGCUUUGAAGAACUCAAAGGAAUUACUACCGCAGACGAAUUCUCUAAAUCGUUCUUUUUUUAA